AUGUAUCCCUUUCCCACAACGAUGACAACCCAAUAUCAAACCCACCCAGGUCAGGCUGUUUAUCAGCAGGGAGGGAUGAUUAAUGUACCGUUACCCUACCAGUACCAGCCUCAGGUGUAUGUAGGGAUGAUGGUGGGUCAACAAGGGUACAUACAGGUCCCCAUUAAUCAUCAGCAUCAUUAUGUUCAAGAACAGCCUAAUCACCCCUUCGUUGAGAUGACUAAUGAUAUCAAACCUCGCCUUCGUUGGACUCCUGAACUUCAUGCCAGCUUUGUUGAGGCUGUUAAUCAGCUCGGUGGACCAUUUAUUUAG